AUGAGUCGCCUCGACUCUAGAAUCUCCUUUGGGGUUCCCGAUGCCCCCGGUCGAACUCGCAAUAUCCCCGUGCUCUCUUCUUCCGCCCAUUCGAGGAUGGAUGUCACCCCUCCGCCCGCGCAAGACGGCGAUCGGAUGAGUGGAAUCAAUGGUGCCGACUCCAAUUCGUUGAACGUCCCUAACCCGGCCAUCGGAGCUGCUGCCGCCGCCCAGCAGCCCAAAGUCGUUCAGACGGCUUUCAUUCACAAGCUCUACAAUAUGCUAGAGGACCCCAGCAUCCAGCAUCUCAUCUCGUGGUCCGGCACCAACGAUAGCUUCGUCAUGUCGCCGACGUCUGAAUUCUCCAAAGUUCUAGCCUCGUACUUCAAGCACACCAAUAUCUCCUCCUUCGUCCGGCAACUGAAUAUGUAUGGAUUUCACAAAGUGAGCGACGUAUUUCACACCGGGUCCCCGGACUCUGCACUGUGGGAGUUCAAGCACGGAAAUGGCAAUUUCAAACGAGGCGACCUAGCUGGUCUGCGGGAGAUUAAGCGCCGAGCUUCCCGACAUGCUCUGAUUCACCGCGACUCGUUCCCCGGACACAAGGCUGCUGUUUCGCAUCCCGGUACACCUGCCGAACCCGUGCCCGAUGCGACCGAAGCUAGAUUCAUGAAUCUCGAACACACUCUCUUUGAUAUGCAUGCACGGUUGUCCCGAGCGGAGGAUGGCAACAUGACCCUGAGCUCAAGGUGUCAGGCUAUGGCAGAGAGUCUGACAAAAUGCUACCAAUGGACACACUCCAUCUCCCGAUUCCUUCAGGCCGUGGUGCCUGACAGGGAAAGCCCUCUUUAUCGCGAUGUUUCGAGCAUGCAAAGAGAAGUCGAAAAGCACAUUGAAACUGCCCGCGCUCUCGAAACCCCCCACGAGGCACUUAUGCCCUCCCGACAACCAUUUUUCGCCAAUGUCGCUGAAACCGGUCCACCGUUGUCCCCACGCCAAAUGCCCCAGGAUGAUCCUCGCCGCCAGUCCAUGAUGGACCCCACACCUAGACCUAACAACAUGAUCCGACCACCAGUUCCUCCUCACCUAUCAGUUUCUCCUCGUCGCUAUGGCUCAAUCGGCGGCGCCAAUUCUACUACAUACGCUCGACCGCAACCCCCCGCAGCGGCACCUCCUCCCCAACAACCCACACCUCACCCUCUAUCAGUCUCAACUUCCCCAGGGCCCGGCCUAGCUCGGCGUCACACCUCUGCCGACAUACGGCAGCACGGGUGGUCGCCCUCGGCCGGAUCGCCCUACCCUCCCGGUAACCUUCCCACCGGACCUUGGCCUCCAUCCCCAGGACAGCAGACACCGGUCUCAAGUGACCAACAAGUCCGCGAUGUCCUCGCCCAAUACGAAAUGGGGGCUCCUCGUCGCCUCCAAGAACAGUCUCGCCAUGCCACACCCCCAAUCGCCGAGCCCUCACCUUCCAUGCUAGGUGUUGAUAACGGCUGGGCGAUUGGGGGAUCCCGAUUCCCACAUGGCUCAUCAUUGCCUGCCACCCGCCGCUCCAGUAUGGCAAGCAAUGUUCAUUCAUUGCUGAACCCUGCCGACACUGCUGAAAGACCCGACGAGGACCAGCAGGCCAUGGCAGACGACCGCAAGCGCAAACGGCUUGAAUAA